AACAAACCCCGCAGUAUAGACAACCUGACCCCCCUCAUCCAUGAUGAAUAAUUAACAUCAGCAUCGUCUUUCCAUCUUCUGAUAUCACCAAACAAUCAUUAUCAUUCUUACCACUUACUUGAUAACCCAGUAUUUUCUAACGUCCUCUGACAACCAUGCCCGGACGUCUAGAAGGUAAAGUCGCUAUCAUAACAGGCUCCGGCUCCGGCUUCGGCCACGGUAUCGCAAAGAAGUUCGUCGAAGAAGGCGCCAAAGUCAUCGUCGCAGAGAUAUCCAAAGAAAACGGCGAAAAGGCCGCAGCUGAGCUUAACAGCAAGUUCGUCUUCGCAGACGUAACAAGCCGAGAAUCCUGGCAAACAUUACUCCAGACAACCCUGGACACAUACGGCCAGCUGGACAUCGUAGUCAACAAUGCUGGGGCAACCUAUUCCAAUAAGCCCACAGGCCAGGUCACAGACGCCGACUUUGACCUGUGCAUGAGCGUCAAUGUGAAGUCGGUCUACCUCUCGGCCAACGUCAUCGUACCGUAUUUCGAACAGAAUAACCGUCCCGGAUGCUUUGUUCAGGUUUCUUCUACCGCUGCGCUUCGGCCGCGCCCAGGCUUGACUUGGUAUAAUGCUUCCAAGGCGGCGGUUAGUAUUGCUACCAAGACCAUGGCUGUUGAGUAUGGGCCGAAAAAGAUCCGAUUCAAUUGCGUUUGUCCAGUUGUUGGGAGUACCGGAAUGACACAUCUGUUUCUUGGAAAACCAGAUACGGAGGAAAACCGGGCGGCGUUUGUAUCUACGGUCCCGUUAGGGCGUCCUAGUACUCCGGCGGAUGUUGCCAAUGCCUGCAGCUUUCUUGCAAGCGAUGAGGCGGAGUUUAUCACCGGGGUGGACUUAGAGGUCGACGGCGGUCGCUGUGUCUAGUGAUCAUCUCUAGGGAAUUGGUAGGAUUAUUAUAUGUGCAAGCGACGAUGGAACGAUUGAGGAUCCAGAUACUUCUCAAGCACGUUAAUGAAACUACAAUUUAACCCAACCAUGUAGUACAAACAUGUCCUACAUUAGUACGUCGCUGUCCAAAAAACUAGCAGCAUUAGCAUAAUCACUCCUACUAGCAUACACCUACCACAUAAUAACGCAAAAUCCUACUCAGCAUUCCUGAAAUAAAGAAAGUAUCACGCUUUUA